CAAAGCAAAGGGUUACCUUUGGAGACGCAAGGACAACUGAACGCAAACCAUCUCCCACAAAUCUCUCCCAUACAAUUGACCAACAGCUCCAUCGCUCUUUUGCCGGCAAAAGCACUGUUCAGUAUCCAAUCUCCCCCCCACAGUCUCCGCACAUCGACCCCACUGCCGCCAUGGCGGACACAACAUACUACAUCGACGAGGAUGUCGGCCAGGACAUUCCGGAGCAGACUGGCUCGGAAGAGCUCCCCUACAAGUCCUUGGGAUUCGCCGUCCUCACCCGCACUGAAGCACCCAAAUUCCUCACGCGCAAAAGUGUGACCGGAGAGGUUCCCGAGGGUUCAGACGCCAGUGUGCGAUUGGAGUACAAGCCGGUCGCAAAGGCUGCGCUCAAAAAGGCUGUCAACUACGCAAAGGCGCAACAGAAGAAGGCGGAAAGCGCACAAAAGCAGCUCGCAGAGCGCGCCAAGGUCGAAGCCGACAGGAAGAAGGUGCUCGACGAGGCCAAGAAGAUUGUCAUCGAGGAAGAUAAGAGCCUGCCCGAGCCUAUCAAGAUCAAGUUGGAUGAUACCAACCCAGAGAAGAUCAAGCUGGGCAACAGCGAGGGCGUCAAGGGCACACGAGUGAGGGUAUUUGGACGUGUGCACCGUGAGCGACGCCAGAAAGAGAACAUGUUCAUUACGCUCCGUGAUGGAUACGGCCAGAUGCAGGUCAUUCUCCAGGGCCAACUCGCAAAGACAUACGAUGCGCUCACACUGACGCGUGAGACGAGCAUGGAGAUCUUGGGUGAACUGAAAGAGGUGCCCGCAGGAGCCCAUGCCCCUAACGGCCGCGAGCUUCAUGCCGAUUUCUACAAGAUCCAUCCUGGAUGGAGGGCAGCAGGUGGUGAUGAUGCUAUUACCAACAGGGUUUCGAAAGAUACCGAGCACGCGACACUUCUCGACUUGCGCCACCUUGUAAUCCGAGGAGAGACGGCCUCGAAGAUUCUGAUCAUUCGUGAUGCUGUUGAAUUCGCAUUCAACCAGGUUUUCAAGGAGCUCAGAAUGCGCAAAGUGAGCCCACCGGCGCUUGUGCAAACACAAGUGGAGGGCGGCUCCACCCUCUUCAAAUUCCAAUACUACAACGAGGAGGCUUUCCUCACUCAGUCUUCCCAACUUUACCUCGAGACCUGUCUCCCAUCUCUUGGUGACGUUUACUGCAUCGAGAAAUCUUUCCGUGCUGAGAAGUCUCUCACCCGUCGACAUCUUGCCGAGUACACCCACAUUGAAGGCGAGCUCGAUUACAUCACCUUCAACGACCUUCUUGAUCACUUGGAGCACGUCAUCUGCCGCGUUCUCGAAAUCUCCAUGGCCGACCCAACCAUCAAGCAAUACAUCUUGGACCUCAACCCCGAGUUCCAGACACCAGAGAGGCCUUUCAAGCGCAUGAAGUACACCGAUGCCAUCGACUGGCUCAACGAGCACAGCAUCCCCAACGAGGACGGAGAACCACACAAGUUCGGUGACGAUAUUGCUGAGGCUGCUGAGCGAAGAAUGACCGACAUCAUCAACCGACCAAUCUUCCUCACCCACUUCCCCGCCGAGAUCAAGGCCUUCUACAUGCAGAAAGACCCUGAAGACACUCGUGUCACGGAAAGUGUAGACUGUCUGAUGCCCGGCGUCGGUGAGAUUAUUGGCGGUAGCAUGAGGAUGUACGACUACGAUGAGCUCAUGGCUGCCUACGCAAAGGAAGGAAUCUCGCCAGCCGACUACUACUGGUACACUGACCAGCGAAAGUAUGGUACCUCUCCCCACGGCGGUUACGGAUUCGGAUUCGAGCGUUUCCUCGCCUGGCUCUGCAAGCAGCACACCGUUCGUGACACCUGCUUGUACCCGCGUUACUUCGGACGCUGCAAGCCUUGAUUCACCUCACUUUUCACUGCCAAAGCUGGCUUUCGGGGGUCCUUUCUUUCUUAGCUGUUUCAACGGUGUGAUGGCAUUUUAGAACUUCGACAGUGCGUGCCCUAUCGUACAGAUGGAGUACACGAAUCAUGUAUUCGUACGACCUCGCCCGUCAAUCAAUCAAGACUGAAUGGCACCGGCUUCUUGAUUCCUCCAUCUCUCGACACGCACAUCUCAAAUCAUGGCGUGUCAUGUCAUGCCAUUAGAACCCCGUUGUGGUGUAUGUAGUACAAGCAAAUUCAAAUAUCUUUUCCAA